AUGGAAACUACAUUUGUUGGUAUUUGUAGUAUAGAUUUAUAUUCUCGUUGUCAUGCACUUCCAAAUCUUGGAGAAACAAUUCAUGGAAUUGCUCUGAACUGUGGUUUUGGUGGGAAAGCACCAAAUGCAUGUGCACAAUUCGCAUUCCUUUCAGAUAGUACUCUUAAACCAAACCUUCUUACAGCUGUAGGUAAUGACUCUGAUGGCAAAGUCAUUGUAGAUCAUUUUAAAGAAAUUGGUGUUUCUCCUCAAUAUGUUCAAGUCUCGAAAGAAGCUCCAUCCGGACUUGCACUCUGCUUUGUUCUUGAUGGUGGUGAGUCUGCAAUUGUAAUUCAUCCAUGUCCUGUUACAAUAGACAUGGUACAUCAAAUGAAAGACAAGCUCGCCAAUAGCAAGCUUGUUGUUACUAACUUCGAAAUUCCAAUUGAAACUGCUCUUGAAGUUCUCAAAAUAAGCCGUAAUGGUGGAGCAAAGACAAUCUUGAAUGUUUCACCUGUUCCAGAGCAACGUGAUAUCAAUCUCUUUAAAGAUGCUUCAGUUGUUAUUGUGAACGAGGUCGAGUUAGCUUCAUUUGGAUCUGUUGAAGACCUUUUCAAUAUCGGAGUUGAAUGUGUUGUUCAGACACAAGGCGCAAAGGGUGCGACCAUUCUUGAACGUGGAAAACAGCCGGUUCAUGUUCCAUCAAUCAAAGUUGAUGUCGUUGAUACAACCGGUGCAGGUGACUCAUUCCUCGGCUCAUUUACUUAUUGCCUCGCUAAAGGCUGCAGCUAUGAAGAAGCAGCAAAAGUUGCAUGCAUUACUGCUGCUAUUUCUGUCACAGGUGUAGGUACACAAGGUUCAUAUGCCCAUCGUGAUCAUCCUCUCUUGAAAUCAAUUCUUCCUUAA